CUCCUCCUCCUCCUCCUACUCCUCCUCUUCUUCUAUACCAUACACACUCGGUUGGCGCUGUCGAUUCCUUCGUUGCCACCCGCAUCCGCCAUGCCCGCCGCAGAAGAGAUGCAGACCGCCAUGGUCAAUCGCUCCAUUCGAACCAUCAAAGCUGAACUCGAGUAUCUUUGUGAUGCCUCAGUCAUCACUCCACAGACUCUCAACGACCUUCUCCAAAGAAUACCGUCCCAGACUGCCCUGCAUGCCCCCAUUUCAGUCGGCGCAUUGCCUUCCGCCGUCGACGCAGCAGCAGCCAGCGCACAACAUGUGCCGCCGACAGAGCCUAUGGCACACUUGAACAUCAAUGACAACGGCACACACAACGAGAAGGCCGAAUUCUACCAGCCUGCACAUACACCACAACAGCCACCCCCGGCAUAUAACACACCACCUCCGCCAGCAGCCAACUGGCCUCCCCUGGCCAUGGCCACAGCACUCUAUGCCUACUCGUCCACUGAUGCGGGCGACCUCGAACUCCAGCCCAACGACCACAUCACCGUCACCGAAUACAUGAAUGCGGAGUGGUGGAAAGGACGCUCGCAAAGAACGGGCCAGGAAGGUAUCUUCCCCCGUUCGUACGUCAAGGUCAUAGACGAGAAGAGCGCACAGCCCGGGGGACCACCCGCGCCCGACUACUCGAACAACUAUGGCAAUGCGCCACUGGAGACGAGUCAAAUGGGCAAUGGGGAAGGAAAAGUGCCUGGCAAGGGACAGGAGAUGGGCAAGAAGUUUGGGAAGAAGCUGGGCAACGCUGCCAUCUUCGGUGCUGGUGCGACGAUUGGUGGGAACAUUGUCAAUUCCAUCUUCUAGGCUGGUUGGAAUGCAGGCGUUGGUGUAUAGGUAGUUUUCAAUGUAUUCCUAAUUGCAAGAACGAGCAGGCGCCGGCGAGCGUGAGGCUACAGUAUGCAUGGAUAGGUGUGUAUGCAUUUUCGCAAUAGAAUGAACCUGGAAGCUUCAA